UGAAAAGUUUCAGCCAUCUAUUAAAUUGAAUUGAAACAGUGGAAAAGAUUAUAUAUACAAAGCUAAACAGAACAUACUGGAAUGGCAUCUUUCAGGUUUCAAAUCUAUAUCUUGGCUUUCUGUGCAGGCCUUGUUAUUCAAAGCAGCUGCAAUGGCCAUUCUGGGAUUCAGAAAAAACAUGUAGCCCUGUUCAUCUUUGGUGAUUCACUCUAUGAUCCUGGAAAUAAUAACUACAUAAAUACCAAAAAAGAUUUCCAGGCAAAUUGGUUGCCAUAUGGCGAAACAUUCUUCAGGUACCCAACUGGUAGAUUUUCUGAUGGGCGUUUAAUCCCAGAUUUCAUUGCUGAGUAUGCCAAGUUGCCAUUUAUACCAGCAUAUUUACAACCUGGGUUGAAAGACUAUACUUAUGGGGUGAACUUUGCUUCUGCUGGAGCUGGUGCUCUAAUUGAAAGCCAUCAAGGAUUUGUGAUAGACCUUAAAACUCAACGAAGUCAAUUCAAGAGGGUGGAGAAGCAGUUGAGGCAGAAACUAGGUGAAGUCGAAGCCUACACAUUGCUGUCCAAAGCUGUCUACUUAAUCAGCAUUGGAAUCAAUGACUAUUCUAUCCCAUUAGCCACCAAUACCAGCCAUGAAGAAUAUGUUGGCUGGGUUAUUGGCAACCUGACAAGUUGGAUUGAAGAUGUAUACAAGAAAGGAGGCAGGAAAUUUGGAUUUUCAAGCCUUUUUCCUCUUGCUUCUGUGCCAAGCAGGAGAGUGAUUCAAGCAGGAAACACGGGCCCUUCCCGGGAAAAAGUUACAGCACUUGUGAAACUACACAACAGACUACUUUCCAAAGUCAUCACAAAGCUGAAGAAAGAUCUCCAAGGAUUCAAAUACUCGAAGCUCAAUCUCUACACUUACGCUAAUGAAAGAAUUAACCAUCCAUCAAAAUAUGGUUUCAAAGAAGGAAAGGCUGCGUGCUGUGGCUCUGGUCCAUACGGAGGAAUUAAUACCUGUGGAGGGAAGAGAGGUGUUACCGGGUAUAAGUUAUGUAACAAUGUUACUGAGUAUGUCUUCUUUGACUCUUUCCAUCCAACUGAAAGGGUAUACGAGCAAGUGUCCAAGUUAUGGUGGAGCCAUAACUUGAAGGAGCUAUUUGAAGUUCAGGCAAAAUAGGGCUUGAUAGUUUCAUAAGAAAUUGAGCAAUUUGCAGACACAAUUUCCGCUUCGAAGCAAAUUAAAAGUUUGAUGGAGCCAUGGGCACAUGGGCAAGUCUCCAAGUUAUGGUGGAGCCAUACUCCCUGUUAGAAUUGAAGGGGAAACAAAGUGAAUUUAUUAUAUUUGGAGAAGAAUAGUACAUGGCUUUGUGUAGGCUAAUUGGCCUUCUACACUUAGCAUAUUGGCUUAUUGGCCACUACACUUGAUUUAGAAUAGAUUGGGCUAUUUGGCCCUUCACUUAGAUUAGUUUAGGCUAUUUGGCCCUUCACUUAGAUUGGGAGUUCUUUUGUUUCACUCCACUCGGCUUUAUUGCAUUGCAUGCCUAUUUAUAGGCAUGCUUUGCCGACUAUCUAUUGGCUUUUUGCUUAGUUAGGUCGGUUUGCACAGUAACCGACUUUGUCUAAGUAAUUUCAGCCAUAUAUUGUAGUUUUCUACUAGAGCUUUCUACUAGCUUCAUUAACUAGUGUUUAGGGAAUACAACCACUGACUUUUCAUUCUAUAUUAUUCUAGAAAAUUCUGCUGUCUUGUAGAAAUCUCUCUCAAAUGUGCAUUAAUGUUUAACACUCCCAAUGUCC